AUGGAACGACUUCUCCGAUCAGCGCUAAAAGGCGGCGCGCGGGGAUUCCUGGGCCCAGCUUUUCGGAUUGUCGUCAAUGGGGCCGGUCUGUUCUGCGCUUGUACUCUGGUCUGGGAACAUGUCGUGACCAUUCAACGCAGCGAAGGACCGUCGAUGUACCCAACCUUCAAUCCACGGGGCGACUGGCUUCUUAUCUCGCGGCGGCAUGCGAAUGGCAAGGGUAUUGAGGUUGGUGACGUGGUGCGUUUCAACCACCCGAAUUUCUAUGGCUCCCACGGCGCAAAGCGAGUGCUGGGGAUGCCCGGAGAUUUUGUUUGCCGGGAUCAACCAUACAGCACAGACGCUGGGAAGCAACCGGACAUGAUCCAGGUACCCGAAGGUCAUGUGUUUCUAGUUGGCGAUAAUCUCCCGUGGUCGAGGGAUUCGAGAGUCUUCGGCCCGGUGCCGUUGGGCUUGAUCAAUGGGAAGAUAGUGGCACGAGUGUGGCCGCCGUCGAAGAUGGAAUGGGUGCAGAACACUAUGCAACCGGCGCGAUUGGACGACUAG